AUGCCAGCUGGCCUGGAAAUUGACUAUGACCAAGAUCUUAAUGGUACCAUGGCGCCUUAUGCCCAGCAAGUCCUCAUAUCCACUGGACAGCGAGAUUGGCGAAGCCGAAUAGAAGAGGAUGGACAAGACCAGGGCUGGGGUAUACUGGGCAGCAGACUGAAGAAACUCAUGUUUCGGACAGGGAAAUUUGCCGACCCCUACAAUAACAUAGUUAUUACAAAUUCCUCCUUUACACCUUUGGCCGGGGUGUCGGAUAAAUCUUAUGCUUCCGCUCUACUCUUUCCAAGCUUCAAGUACAUCCCUGAUAUUCCACUUGACGACGAUGGCUUGGAUCGAUUCGUUCGCGCGUUCCUUCUCCCAUUAAACCCCCAUAAGGCACACGAAAUUCUACCCGCUGAUAAAUUGGAAGCGAUGAAAAGAGUUCCGGAUCUCCAACCUACAUUUGAAUCUAUGAAGAGUAUAGAUCAUUCACCUACGAUUUUGAUUUGUGGCCACGGAGGGCGAGACCAACGGUGUGGAGUUAUGGGUCCUUUGCUGGAGUCCGAGUUUAGCAGGAUAUUGAAAGAUGAAGGUUAUACUGUUGGAAAUACCCCGGUCGAUAGGAUAAAUCAUGCGAACGUUGGCUUGAUAAGUCAUAUCGGUGGUCAUAAAUAUGCUGGCAAUGUUAUUAUAUAUAUUCCCCCAUCUCUAAGGUCUAACUCAGGGGAUGUCAAUACAUUGGCUGGGAAGGCUAUAUGGUAUGGUAGGGUAGAGCCGAAACAUGUACAGGGAAUCAUAAGAGAGACGGUUUUGAAUGGCCGCGUGAUAAAGGACCAUUUCCGUGGGGGUAUAGAUGGAGAUGGUACAGUGCUACGUCUAUAGAUAUGUUCUAGAUUUUAUGUGUAUA